GUAACAAACUGGGAGAUAAUUGCAAACUUGAGUCCUGUGAAUCCUGCCGACGCACUGAUGCGUUUAAAUGCAUGAGAAACUUUAUCAUCUGCUGUUAAAGGUCACCAGUGGGGAAAUAUUCUGGCUUGACUCAGAGAUCUAAUUUUAAUCAUGAGAGGAGAUACAGCAACAGAGAAUGAUGUGGACGGGGACGAACAUGGAAAGAUCACAGCACCAACAGAUACUGCAUCUGGAGAGAGACGACCUAGCGUUGUGACACUACAAAAUAUGUUGACAAAAGUUUCCCAGAGCCCUUUUCACAGUCAGUACAAGGAUGGUGAGCAGGCAGCUGCUGCUACUGAUGUGACUGAUAACCAACACUUAGGACAGAAUGGAGUGAAAGAACAGCUCCAUGCCAGCCCUCAGAAUGGAAGCGGUGGCAAUUUGGCCAGAACAAACCCUUUCUAUGCAUAUUAUUUGGAAUCAGGCAGCCAAGACCACAUACUGGAUGAUGCAGGAGGCAAAACUUCAGAAGAAGUACACCUUGAUGCCAUCUUCGUCCCUCCACCAGAAUUUCAGGGAUCACCUCUGAAAAAUGGAGCCAAGUUAUCUGAAACUCAGGACCACCUAUAUGGGACCCACAACCAUAACCAAGAACUCUUUCAAACAUCAACACUUGGUCAGAACGCAACUACCAAUGGUCAUUUUCAUGAUUUUACUCUGAACACACCAGACUUGUUUAAGGUUGUGCAAUCACAGAACCUCUCCAAAACCUUGAAGUCCAAAAACUCUGACCUCUUUAAAGAUGAAAUGGAGGAUCUUUUCCAGGCUGCUAAAGGAGAUGGUUUACUCCAAACUACAUCUGCUAAGGAGGUAUUUGAUAAAUCUGCCAGUAUUCUUGUGGAUCCAUUUGAAUCUCCUUCAAACAAAGAGGAUGACCUAUUCCGGUCUCCACAACCUACAACAACAAACCCAUUUUACACUUCCACAAACAAAGAAGCAGAUUUGUUUCAAGCCGUUCCGACUACAGGGGCAAAGCUCUUCAAUGACAAGGAAAUCACACGGGAUCCCGCUACUACAGAGAAGGACCUUUUUGGCAUAUCUGUUAAGGAAAAGUUGGGCGCAUUUUCAUCCCCAUCUACAAGUACAGGCGACCCAUUCCCAAACUCUGUUACAAGGAAUUUAUUCCAAAAUAUCUCCAGUUUGGAUGGUACCACUCCCACUAAACAAUAUGACCCUUUCCAGGAGGUUUCAAGUGGGACUCCAGACAUCUUUCAAUCACUUCCGUCAAAGACUAACAGUGAGGAUCUAUUUGAGACAACUCCCAACAUCAUUGCCUCUAAGAGCACCUACUCUACAUCUUCACUGAACAGUCCAUCAGAUGUAAAGUCAGAUACAUUAUUGUCACCAGAUUUAUUCAAGAAAACGCCUCCACGACCUCCUCCACCCGUCCCUCCGAAACCUUUCCACAAGCCACGAGAGAUUGUCUUGACGACACCUCGGGGAACCGAACACGAGAUUCUUCAGUCGACUCCCCUCAGUCAGGGAAGCGAUGUGUCUGCGUCACCCAGCCCGUCUCCAGCUGAAAUGACUCAUGUGCCAACUUUCAAGCGGCCGCCAAAACCACUUCCUCGAACUAGACCACCCAGGCCAGAAAAACUACCAAAACCUGAAAGGCCACCACAGCCAGUAAUCCCUAUUGAGCCUCAACCGAAUGUGCCGAAAACGCCUCCUAAACCAGCCUUGAGGCCUCUCCAGAAACCAGUUAUUAGACGUAAACUAAAACCUCAGGAAAAUAAACCAGUGGAUCCUGACAAUUAUGUUGUCUUCGAGAACAUCCUGCUUAUUGGACAGGAACGGUGUGUGGAAGAUUGGCCUGAGGACAGCCCUGAGCUUAACCCUGACUUCAAACCAUCUGGGAAACUUAGACUACGGAGGGAGUCACUGAAGACAAAGGCUGAUUCUGAUGGUGGAAGUGGUGAUGACCAGGAUGGCAACAAUAAGAAAAAGGACAAGAAAUUCAGAAUGUCUCUACUCUCCAGAAGAGGGUCGAAGGACAAGUUUCCUGAUGACACAAAGGAGGGGAGGAGCAGGACGCUGUCCAUCCCACGUAAAUCAUCAAAGGACUAUUUUUCAGACGUGCACAUGUCAGAGGACGAAGAGCGGAAUUCAUUGGACUACAAAAAAAACCCUCUGAAGACCAAAGUCAAUCAGCUGCUUCGAAGAGCAUCGACUGCUUCCUCCGUGGUUGAGGGAAAACAUGUGAAUGGAUAUUCGCCUCAAGAAUCAAAGGACGGAGACAUCGAUAAGAAAAGCAGUGGCAAGAAAGACUCCAUCCGCCGAUGGUCAGAGGGGACAGUGUUGGAUGACAGCACUGGUGAAGAGGAGGGAGGAGGGGAAGCCCAGCAUGAAGAGAAGACAAAAAAGAGGAUGAAAAUCAAGUUUGUGCCACAUAGAGGUUUUACCAUCUCUGUAGAAAAGAAAAGUGAUGAGCCAAAGGGAGCACACGGAUAUUCGCCUCGCAAAGGUUCUAAGGAGAAAUCACCUGAUGAAGUUUUUGGUGCACACGGCUACACACCUCGUAAGAAGUCCCAGGAUGAUGCUUCUGAGCAUGUAGAGGAGGUGAGAAGCCACAGUCUUCAGUCUACUAGCAAGGCUGCUUUCAUGGAUGACGAGCACUUACAGAGGACAAAUUAUUUUUCUCCUGGACUAAACGGAGAUGAAGAGGCUUAUGGGAUGCAAGACUGCAAACCUAAGAAACCAACUAAGAAGAAACUGCCUCAUAUGGCUCGUCGAAGUUCAAAGGAGAACAUGUUGGAUGACGCCAGUCCCCAGAAAAAGAAGAGCAGCUUCUCCGGAGAAGAGUUGGACAUCGAAGACCUAAAUGCGAUGGAGGGAUGCAAACCGAAAAGCUUGAAGCAUAAAGCUAUUCCUGUACCACGCAAACCAAACCCAGCCAAUGGACAAAAUGAACCGACUGGUCUCAGUUAUAACAUACCUCAGCAGGCAUCAAGUGAUUUGUUUGCUGAGGAGGCAGUGACUGGCAAAGAUUUCAUGGAUCCUGAGAUGUACGACAGCGAACAAGAUGAGCUGGACUCCUGCAAACCGAAGAAGACAUCAAAACUUAAAGGCUUCAAAAAAUACAAGGCCAAAAUCAAAGCCAUGCAGCUGGAGGGUGAAGAUCCACCAGGAGCUACGUCUAGUGAUUAUCUGUCAGAGGCUGCACAAGCCGAGUGGUUGGCUGCUCAGAUGGAUGAGCGCGCCAUAGCGGGAAUGGAGGAUGACGACGAGGAAGGGGACACUGACAGCUUGAUGGAGUGGUGGUACACAGUGGAGCAAUGGGACGAGCUGCCAUCAGACGAUGAGGAUAUAAAAGAGGAUGAGUCAAAGUCUUUCACCAUCUUGGCGGACAAGGUUCACCGUGGCCUGCGUGUCUUCAACAAGGUGUUCACAGAGCGAGCCGAGGUCCUCUGGCAGUCCAUCAUCAUGCUCCACGCCAUCGCCGACGACAUCAGCGAAUUCCACCACAAAGCCAAGAUCGCAGGCAUCACCGGCGGCACCACCACCGCUGUGGGCGGCGUGACGGCCAUCGCCGGUUUAGCUUUGGCACCGUUCACGUUCGGCGCUUCUCUGGUGAUCACGGCUGUGGGAGUGGGCGUGGCAACAGCUGGAGGCAUCACUUCAGCCUCCGCAGCCAUCUCAGACAACGUUAACAACAUGCACGACCGGAAGAAGGUGGAGACAGUUCUGCAGGACUAUGAGAACCACCUGCUGGACAUCGGCAAGAUCCUCCACUUCAUCAACCAGGGCCUGUACAAGCUGCGAGGCCACCCUUUCCUCAGGUCCGGCACCCAGCAUUACUCCGAGGACUGGGAGAUCCGCAGGGCCGUCCAGAUGAUCAGCUUGGUCGACUCUCCCGUGAUGAGGGCCACGGAGAUAACGGACGCCGCCGUGGCCUCGCUGCAGGGCCUCUUCAAAGGAAUGGACAAGUACUUCAUCAAGGACUCCAGGGAGCUGAAGAAGGGCUGCAAGAAGGAGAUGGUGGGUCAGAUAAAGGAGGUGGCGAACAUGCUCAAUGACGACAUCGUGGAGCUCAACACCAUCAGAGAGGAGCUUCAGGAUGCGACAGGAAGCAUGUGAGCUUGAACUGGACUAUAUUAUUUCUCAAAGAUCAUAAGUGCCCUCUUGUGACUAAAUGAAGGAACUGUUGGUCAGAUGUACACCUGCUGUGAAGUUGUGUUAACAUCUGGUUAGAAGGCAUUUAAACAACUCCUGUAUUCUGAUAAAUCACAAUAAUCCAGCAAAAAAUACAACCUCUAUGAAGCUAAUAAUGCUCAUUUAUUUGUUGUGUUUGUAGCGGAGAGGUGAUGCCUUUUUUUCUGGCAACUGUUAAAGCUCCAGGUACUAGACAAAAUAACACACAGAGCGUCUUUUUGCGCUUUAUCUACCAUUAUCUGGGUAAAAGGCUUCACUACUGGGUGAAUAAUGGACUCAUGACUGACACAAUCCCAUUAAAAUGUACAAAAACAAUCACAAAGGAAAUAUUUUUGUAGGGUAUUUGUCUUUAAUUGUAUUUUAUUGUCAAAACGUCCCAAUAUUUUUGUUCAAUACUUCUCUAAGAAAUCACUAUAAUCAUGUAGUAGUUGAAAAUCUAUAAUGAAACUUAAUAGGAGAAAUCUGUGCAGAUGAGCCUAAAGUUUGAUUGUGUUGUUACAGUUUUGUGGAGUUAAAGUUAUUGUUAGUCGAGGACAACACUUUAUGCUGUAAAUGUUAUUUUUCUAGUCCCAUCCUCUUAGGAUUAUAUCAUUUUAGAUGUCUCUUCUUAAAGGAACCUCAUGUUAACAAUCAAAUAAAUGUUGUAUAUAGGUUAAUUUAUUUGAAAUAUAUCACCUUGUGGCUUUGCUUCAAAAAAAACUAUUUAAAUACAACUAAGAAAGAAUUCCUACAAGUCACUGCAAAAUAAUUGCAACUUUGGUUCAUAGACACAAUUUGUGCACAAGUAUUCCAUUUUAGGUGUGGGCAGAAUCACUUUUAUUGUUAUUUGUUGUUGUUGUUUUUAACCACAAACAAUGUUUGACUCCAUGUAAAUUAGUAAAUAUGCCCCGUCGUUAUUCUUUCAGCUUGUGUGUCUUCCUGUAUUAUAUUAACCUCAAUAAAAUGUACCUGUAAAGAUUUUAAAA